AUGGUAGAACACCCCACUGAUAUUGUUUUUUCUCCAGGUCUUCAGGUGAAGGUGACUGGAGGACAUCAAGAUAAGACACUGACCUGUAGCACCACCUGUACUCUGACUGACAACCCCACCUACAUCUGGUACAAGAACGGACAACAUCUAAAUAAGCCCACUUCCCAUCAAUACUCUGUCAAUAGUUAUUCUUCAGACAGUUACUCCUGUGCUGUAAAAGGCCAUGAGGAUCACCACUCUCCUGCAGUGUGUGUUGUGGGUGAGAGCUGUAUGAAUGUGACUUACACCCAUCAGAGUAUCUGUGCUUUGAAAGGGUCAACAGUGGACGUAUCAUGCUUUUACACACAUCCCAGGUGGCAUAACGUCACAGAAGUGUCCUGGUUCAACAAAUGGGAGUCUGGUGUCACUAAAGACCUGAGCCUGAACCCAGAGUAUGCAGAUCGUGUGGAAUACCAUCGACAAACAGAAAAGGACUCCACCCUGAGAAUCACAGACCUGAGAGAAAGUGACUCAACUGAGUACAAGUUCAGAUUUACAUCUGGUAAGGCAAGAUGGGGGUACAGCUUCCCUGGAACAACUCUGACUGUCACUGGUAAUACUAUACUGUAUGAUACAACUGUAACUAAUAUUGAAUUACAGGAUAAAUAUAUGAACCAUCCUGUUAACACAGAGGUGUAUGUGGUUUUAUACAUAUUGUUUCAGGUCUGCAGGUGAAGGUGACUCCUGCUGCAGAGGGACAGAAGACAUUGACCUGUAUCACCACCUGUACUCUGACUGACAACCCCACCUACAUCUGGUACAAGAACGGACAACGUCUAGAUGAGCCCACUUCCCAACAAUACUCUAGUAAUACCCUAGUAGUGUUGGGUCAUUCUGCAGACAGUUACUCCUGUGCUGUAGAACACCAUGAGGACCUCCACUCUCCUGCAGUGUAUGCUCCAAAGAACACCUCAGUGUCAGUCA